AUGGGGGACUCGGGAUCCAGACGAUCGACUCUAGUAUCUCGGUUGCCAAUAUUCAGGAGAAGUGUUAGCCGGAGACACGACUCUCUUCCCUCCUCGCCUUCUUCUGCUAAUGCCAUUGGUGCCCACACAUCCUCCCCAUCCAGCACUAACUCCAGCUCAGGGAGCACAGGGAAGCGCCGGAGCAUCUUCCGCACUCCUUCCAUUAGCUUCCAUAACAAGAAAGGGAGUGAUCAGAAGCCUGACUCUGCUAGUCAAAAUGUUAACGUCUCAAAUGGUGCCCAGUCCUCUCUCAGCACUUUUGAAAAACUGAGCUUAGAGGAGCACAUUAAAAGCAGAGGAAGGCAUUCAGUUGGCUUUGGCAGCUCACGCAGUAAGAAGAUAACAAGGUCUUUGACAGACGAUUUUGAAAAGGGAAAGGAGCCCUCGGCUAAUAAGAAUGUCUUUAUAAAUUGCAUAAGCUCUGGGAAGAAUGAGGGUGAUGAUUCAGGCUUUGCAGAGGAGCAGAGCCGAUACUCUGUCAAACAUUCCACGCGGAAACUUCUCCCGAAAUCUUUUUCAUCGCACUACAAAUUUUCUAAACCAGUACCAGAGAGUCAGUCAGUUUCCUCUGUGCAACAGUCCAGGUGUUUGCUAGAGAUUAAAUCGUAUGUAGAAAGUGAACCUGUAAUCACCAAGUCCUCUCCUCCAUGUUCAGCCGAGACAACAGAGUGCAUGGGAAGCUCCUUACAGUCCCCACUGCUCUCAGCUGACCUUACAGCUGCCCAGACCCCCUCUGACUUUGUUGCUCUGACAGAGGAUUCUGUUUCGGAGGUUGAUGCUCUGGCCAGCAGCGGGACCGGGGUGCUGCUUACAGAGGAUUUUGGCCACAAUGUCUCUACCUCUCAGAUCUUUAAUCCUGCUGCGGCUCCUGCAGGGGAAACGGAUAUUGUACAAAGUACUUGCCAUUUUACUGGUGUAUCUCCUGUGAGUCAUGCAAGCUCAUGUAGUGUUGACUCUAAUACUUUAUUCAAAACCUCAGAUGCUAAUCAAACAAGAGUAUUGUUGCAAGCCAAUGAACUACAUAUCAACGAUGCCAGGCACAUAGGAGAAAUUAACUCUGCAAACACACAUUUAGAAAACUUUGCAUUACAGUGUAGAGAAGAACCAGUGAUACCCUCUUCAAAGGCACUGGGGUUGAGUGGGGACAGAGAUGAAAGCUCACCGUCCAAGCACACAGGCGAGACAAUUCCUGUAAUGGAGUCUCAGACUGUUCCAUGUUCUGAACCUCAGUCCUUUAAACCACUACAGGGUUAUGAAACAAACCAUUCUAAAGUUGAUCUUGCCAAUAGCUUCAGUCCAUACCGAGAAGGCAGAUUUGUUGAGAAGCGACUGAGAUCCUCUUCAGAAGGUACUGCUGGAGGCAGUCGGCUGAUCAUAAAACCGAAGGCUGGAAAUACAGAAGAGCUUAACAGCCUACGGAAGCAGAGAGCAAGCUCAUCCUCUUCAAAAAUGAACAGCAUG